CACAGUUAUUAUUAUUAUUAUUUAUUAUUUGUUAUACAUAUAGAUAUAUAGAAAAAAAUGAUUAGAAAUUGUUCACAUGCAGGAACAUGGUAUUUUGAUAAUGCAUCAAGAUUAGAAAAACAAUUAUCAGAUUGGUUAAAGGUUGCAAAACGUUUAAAUAGUAAUGUUAAAUCAGUUAUAGCACCACAUGCAGGUUAUACAUAUAGUGGAAGAACAGCAUCACAUGCUUAUAUUAAUUUAGUCCCAGAAAAAUUCAAGAGAGUAUUUAUUUUAGGGCCAUCACAUCAUGUUUACAUGAAAACUUGUGGACUUACAAAAUUGGAUACUUGGGAAACUCCAAUUGGCAAUUUAAAAGUCGAUAGAGAGAUAUCAGACACCCUUUACAACACUGGAGAUUUUGUUUGGAAUAGUAAAUCUGUUGAUGAAGAUGAACACAGUUUAGAAAUGCAAUUACCAUAUAUCGCUAAAGUUGCUGAAAAUAAAUUAUCAGAUUUAAAAAUCGUUCCAAUUAUGGUUGGUAAUUUAUCAUUAAAUUUAGAAGAAAAGUAUGGUAAAAUUUUAGCACCUUAUUUUGAUGAUCCAGAUAACUUUUUUGUAAUUUCAUCAGAUUUCUGCCAUUGGGGAGAACGUUUUGGUUAUACAAAAUAUGAAAAUCAACAAGUACCAAUUUACCAAUACAUCGAGGAAUUAGAUAAACAAGCAAUGUCAAUCAUUGAAACUGGUGACCCAGUACAAUUUGAUAAAUAUUUAAAGAUACUAAAAAUACAUUUGUGGUCGUUGCCCAAUCGAUAUGACAUCUCAUCAGUCCAUUAUGAACAAUCAAGUAAAGUUGUCCAACCAAGAGAUAGUAGUGUUUCAUAUGCCGUUUUAGCUUUUACAAAACUUGAUUAG